UUUUGCACUUCUCUUUGCAGGUCAGCUCGUGGAGUUUCGUUGAACAAAGCCCCUGCAAAAUCCCUGGGUUAUGAAAUAUUUCCUCUCCGUCAGGUCCCGGGGAAGAGAUGGCAUCUGCAGAGCCAGAAAAGGAAGUCCUUGCCUUAUAGAGAGAGCUCUCGGUGUGACACAAUGGCUGCUAUAAAGUGUCAGGGGGAGCUGAGCUGAAGGCAAAGGAACAAAGGAAGAUCAAGAUUUGGUGGCUGUCUGGGACAAAAGGAAAGGGGGAAGUGUCUUGGGGAUGGAUAAAUUUAAGGCUGCGCUGGUGCUGGCUGGGGUAGGGGAUGCUCUCGGUUAUCGUAAUUUCUCCCGGGAAAACAAUGCCUUAGGGGCAAAAAUCCAGCAGGAGCUGAAGGAAAUCGGAGGGCUUGAGAACCUGGUGCUCUCCCCCGACAAGUGGCCAGUAAGUGACAACACGCUCAUGCACAUGGCUACAGCAGAGGCUGUCAUCACAGAGUACUGGAGUUUAGAAGACCUGUACAGAGAGCUGGUGAAACGCUACGUGGAUGCUAUUGACAGGCUCCCAGGGAGGAGGCCAGACCCUGCCACUGUUGAAGGCUGCAGAGAAUUAAAACCAGACAACUACCUUCUGGCUUGGCACACACCAUUCAAUGAAAAGGGUUCUGGAUUUGGAGCAUCCACAAAAGCCAUGUGCCUAGGGAUGAGGUACUGGAAGCCGGAAAAGCUGGAGUCACUCAUUGAAGUCAGCAUCGAGUGUGGGCGAAUGACUCACAACCAUCCCACAGGCUUUCUAGGGUCCCUAUGCACAGCUCUCUUUGUGUCGUAUGCAAUACAAGGGAAACCCCUUGUGCAGUGGGGAAGAGAGAUGAUGAAGGUUGUGCCAAUGGCUGAAGACUACUGCAAGAAAACCAUUCGCCACAUGGCAGAAUAUCAAGAGCACUGGUUUUACUUCGAAGCCAAGUGGCAAUUUUAUUUGGAGGAGAGAGAAAUCAACGAGGAAAAUCAGAAUAAACCUGUCUUUCCAGACAACUAUGAUGCAGAGGAGAGAGAAAAGACUUACAAGAGGUGGAGCUCUGAGGGCCGGGGGGGAAGACGAGGCCACGAUGCCCCCAUGAUUGCCUACGAUGCUCUUCUGGGCUGUGGUGGGGACUGGACCGAGCUCUGCAACCGCUCCAUGUUCCACGGAGGAGAAAGCGCGGCGACGGGGUCUAUUGCCGGCUGCCUCUACGGGCUGGUGUACGGGCUCAGCAAGGUUCCCAAGGGCUUGUACCGGGACCUGGAAGAAAGGGAGAGGCUGGAGUACUUGGGAGAGAAUCUUUACCGACUGUCCCUGGAGGAAAACACCAAAAGCACACGCUUUUGUGGAGAUGAUAAGAUGCUGGUAGACCCCUUGGUGCUGAAGAAGAAGCUGAGUAGGAUGGCAACAGAGCAAGGGGCCUUUGCUGUUCUCAGCAGCCUGCUGCUGUACGUCACAGAGCUCGCAGCCGGCGACCCACAGCUCAGCAGCAAGAGGACAAAAUGGGCAGAAGGUAAAGAAAACAAGGUGAGUUGUAACCAGCCGUGUCCAGGUCCAAACAGGGGCCAGCAUCCAACCAGAUUUCAGCUGUUGAGGGCCAGGUUUCUUAACAACAACCGUGAGCCGUACACCAAGAAAAGAAGAGAAGUUGGCAAACUGGUCAUUAAAGAGAAGCUGUGGGUGAGCAGGGCUGGUAGGAGAGGAGAUGGAAAAGCAGAGGAGGAGGAUGCCAACACAGGGCCCAGUGAGAGGGCCAGGUGGGGCAGCACGACUGGGAAAAACAGAGUGAAGGACAUCCUGAAGAAAUUUUUAGCUGCCGAAGAAAAAGAAGCCAAGGAGAAGUCUCCUAGCUGGAAAAAGAAAGGACCAAACAGCGACUUGCCAAAAAUAGUCAACAGGAGUUCAGUCCUGUCCAAACUGAAGGAGCAGUUUGAACAAAGCACUCUCCGUUCAGCCACGGAGGUGAAAGCAUCACUCUUGCACAAGGGUGAGAAGAAGACUAAGAGCUCCCUGAGCAGAAAAACCAUCCGUAAGCCAGAGGUCAGGGUGCUGCGCACGGCUGCAAUGACAGCGACGGGAAUCAAGAGCCCAGAGUCCCAGUACUUGGUGUGCUCCACGGUCCCGGUGCCCAGACUCAGCAUGGCUACCAAAAUUAACCAUCCCUGGAGCUGGUCAAAAAAUAACACUACAAAGCAGCCUUUGGGUCAUGACACACCACCGAAGGAAAAGCUGGGGUCUGACAAAGAGCUGAUGGAGAACAAAACAGCAGCAAAUGCAGCAGAGGACAGGGUGGAUGAAAAAGAGUUACUGGUGGCACGCAGGGCCAUGUCGGAUGAAAAGGAUAGUGCUGAGGCUGACAUAAAUUCCACAAAGCAAGGACCUGACUUUAACCCUAAUCUAGAUAGCUUUUCUACUACCUAUAGAAACCAAGAUCUUGCAGACUGCCUUUCUCCCAUGGCUGAAUAUAGUCUAGAUUGUGACAGAAGUAACAUGAUGGCCGGGCCUGAUACAACUUCACUACUUGGGACUACCCAUGCUGUUCAAUAUGCUAAGGAAGACAGUCCACCUUCUAACUCACCUUACUCCAGCACAGCUGAUGGAUCCCACGAGCAAAGUCCUCAGGAUAUUAACACAGGUGAAAUUCCUGAAAUAACUAUGUACCUAUCCAGUUCAGAGGAAGCUGACACAGAGUUCAUAGAGCCAGAAAAUGAUCCUGUCUUUACAUGCCAAGAAUGUUUUCCAGAGCUGAAAGAAUUGGAAAACAUUCUGACAUUUCACUGUGCAGGAGUUCAAGCAUCUUGUGAAACUGAGCCUUCAGUGGAGGAUCAACAGAUAACUCUCCUAACACCAGCUUCUGGCAAAAAGCCACCCAUAGACCAAAAAGAGGCACCAGGUUUAAGAGUCAGACCUUCUGAGGAAGCCAAAGAAGGAGAAAAAUAUCAUAGUGAAGAUAAGAUAUCCUCCAUUUCUAGCAAAAAUUAUAUUGAUGUCCCAACCCAAAAGGAAGAAGAGAAUAAAACACCCAGCAGUCCAAUGCAAAAUGAAUCAAAAAACAAGCAGCCACAGCCUUCUCAUAUGCCCAGUCCACAGAAUAACUUUGGUAAUUCCGGUGCUGGCAUAUCAAAUCCAGAUGUAAAUCAGACCAAACAUACACUCUUCUCAACUGAGAGCCAGGAGCAGAAGCCAGGUGCUGCAGAAGAAGAAAACAUCUCUUCUCAUUUAGAAAAAACACAAAUCCCUUUGCCAGGGGACCUAAUGAAGCAGAACUUCUACAUUGCAGAAGAUUUUGGGAAGGACAGGUUACCUUCAUCUAAUGAAAUGAAGAAUCAUGCAAACAAUCAAGCCCUGGGCAGGAGUACCUUGACUGACUUGGAGACCUGUCACAAUCAAUCUCAGUCUUUCAUUGAGCGAGAAGAGGGCAUUGCAGAUGAGAUGCCCUGGCCUGACUCUGAGGCAUGGCAGUCACCCCCACCUAACCCUUUCCCAACACCAAUGUGUGGGAUUGCAGGACAGAGAACCCAUCAUACUCUUGAAAAUCCCUCAGCUCUCCCACCUAUUGAUCUGAGGGCUGGUGGUGUGGGAGAGGAGCAUGCCAGCCAUGGCUUUGAGGACUCAUUACCCUUUUCAGAGGAUCUGACUAACUCUGGGAAUGAUGCUAAGGUGAAGGAGAAAAAUGAAUGUGAUUUCAAGAACAAAGUGCUGUCCCCAAAUCAUCCAAUAGAAAAUGAAAACUCUACAGCUGAAGAGACAAAUGCAUGUCAGAACAUGGAGAAUUGUCUUUCACUUUCAACCAAGAAGCCAGGAAAACAUGAAAAUAAAACUGUGAUGUCAAGAAAGCCCACACCACCCUUGGAGAAGAACCAAACACCAACUUCAGAUGAUACCAUGAAGCAAGGAAGUGAUAAGCUGGAAGAGAACCUGUUUCCUGCAUCAACUGAGCUGAUUUCCGACCAAAAGAAGCAUACAAAGGGUAGUGAUAAAGUCUCCAAACACAGAAAGGAUGAGCUCCUGCCAUCAGAUGAUGACAUGAAGCAUAAGAAUUAUCAGAUGGAGACAGAAGAGAGAGAAGAGAGAAAUGUCUUGCAUAAACCCAAGGAGGACCAACUACCCAGCUACCCAACACCAAGUGAUACCAUGGAUUAUGAUAAUAACUCUUCAUAUGAGAAGAAUGCUCAUAGACCUCAAACAUCCCAGUUACCUUCAAUGGAGCACGAUAGUGACAUUCAAGGAGUGAGAAAUACUGACCAGAGUUUGAAGUGUCUGACACCUUCAAGAGAUUUUAUGAAACACGAGCAUGAUCUGACAGUAGAUGAAAACAUCUACUGUAACAACAGGCAACACCACCAGUCCUCAUCAAAUGAACCAAUGGAACAUGCAAAUAGCAGUGCAGAGGAAAGAAACAUCAAGUCAGACUUCAAAAAUUAUUCAGUGCCAACAAAAACUACAUCAAGGCAGGACAAUCAGACUACUGAUGAGGAGAAUACCCCUCCUAAUUUGAAAAAAGAACCAUUGCAGAAUCAAAAGAGUCGUGAAGGAGAGAGGAAUACUUUGUGUGAUCCUAAAAAUCAACUACCAUCACUGAAUCCAUUGAUGAAGGAAGAGAUGAAAUUGUCCCCUCUAGAGACAGAAAAGCAGAUGUCAGCAGGUGACUUUUUAAAGCCUAACACUACAUUAGACAAACAAAAGAAUAAAUCUACUUCUGAGAAGCACCAGUCACCUUCUUUAAACAAAGUGCUUCAGCCUCAAGAAAGAAACUCUUCAGAAGGGAGAAAACAAGGGAUCCCAGCAGAGGAGGACACCGGGUCACCUGAAACAAAGGUUUUAAAUGAGAAUGAUAAACACCAGUGUUCUGGGAACCAUCAGUUACCUCCUUUGAGUAAAUCAGCAAAGCCUGAGAAAGAUAUUCCCAGAGGAGAAAAACAACAAACUGUAUCUGAAAGUUUUACAGAGCCUGAUGCAAGUGCUGUAGAAGAUAAAGGCAAAGAUCUAGGUUCUAGGGUUUGCCAGUCACCACCUUCAAAUUCAUCGGUGGAGCCUCAAGAAAAGAAUGUCACAGCCAAAAAGAAGCAAUCCACACCACCAGCUGAUGAAAAACCAACAUAUAAAACUGGCAGUCUGGAAGAGAAUAGUGGUCCUGAGAGAAGAGAGAAGCACCAGCUGAGCUCUUCAGCUCAAACCGAGAGGCAUGGCAAUGAUGGCUCAGGGAAGGAAGGCCCUGUAGACAACUUAAAGAGCUAUCAAACUCCAUUGCCAACUGAUGGCAUAAAGUAUAAAAGCAAUACUGUUCCAAAAGAGACCAGUUUGUCUAAUACAGAGAAGUCCCCCGUAUCAUCCCCAGGUUUUGAUGCAUCAAAAUGUGAAAAAGUUCCUGUGGAAAAUAAGGGAAAACAUCCUGGAUUUAAGAAGUACCAGGCACGCUCAUCAAAGAAUUUGGUGAGGUGUGAGAAAGAUGUUGCUGAAAGGGAGGAGAGCUGGCAAACAGCUGGCAAAACAAGUGAGAGAAAAGCAGAACCAGGGAACUUCUCUAAAGCAGCAUCAUUGUCAAAAUACACAGUGGAAAGCUACGGUGAAGGACCCUCAGAGUCAUCUUUCAAGCCACUGAUCAUCACAGUAGCUGACACAUUUAAACAUCACAGCUAAAAUAUUAAGCUAUAGCUAAGACAAGAACUUACAACUGAUCAUGCUACCUAUUCUCUCUGUCUUUCAUUUUUCUUUUACUAUCCAGGGCAUUAAAUUAUAAUUUUUUAAUCACAAGGACAUUGAUGUGCAUCUAUUUGAGCCGGGCUUUUUCCCAUUCUUAAACAUUAGCCUGAAGACAUGAAUUAAAUUAAUCACUGCAAAUGAAUUAGCUAAUCAGUGAAUAAAUCACCAGUUUAUAAAUUAAAUAUGAGAAGGGCUUUGAGAUCAGCAUGAAUUCAGCCCUGCUCCAGACUCUUAUUUCUAGCUAAUGGGUUUUGUUUGUAACAAAGACGACUGUUCAGGGUGAACUCUAUUUGUAUUUACUUAUUCUAAUGAGACUCUGCUAGUACUUCUUCCAAGAAUGGUGGUAGGCAGUGUCAGCUUUAAUUAUGUCAAAACGUGGUUGUUCUGAACUCUGCCUUUCUACAGAUUAAUGGGGACUGUUGAUCUAUUGCUGCACUGAGUGGCACCAUUAGCAAAAGUAGUGAGGAAAGGAAAGGAAUGCUUCAUAUAUCCACAGAAAAAUCCUCGAAGGACAUUGGUGCUACAAGAGGGUUUGCUGCUAAUACAAAUAUUCAGCCUCAUUAAUAUUAAUAUUGGAAAAAUAAUGAUUUAACCUCCUCUGAAGCUAUUUGCACUUUGGCCAUACACUGUCUGCAUUAUUGCCGUAAAGAGGCUCCCUUUCAAGGGGUUCUUAAUUACUGCAGAUGCAGCAAGCAUAAGAGCUCAGAAAAUCCCCACACUGAAAGGCCCUGCAGACCUUUCCUGGGGACAAUGUGAGCCAGAGAGACCCAAUACCCUGCGGGGACAAUUCAGCUCUUCCAGGGACAUCUGUCCCACUACAAAUCCAGGGGUGCACGUACAUGAAGCAGGUGCCACAGCUCAUGUUAAAAGUCUUAGGAAGAGUUUAUUUUUCCGUGCCGUGGGAAACAGCAGUAAGAAGCAACCAGUGUCCCUGAAACCUACUGAGGGGAUCUCACUUUUUGUGUUUUUAUAGUAAAAGCAACUUCUGUGUAAUGCUUGCAUGCGAUUAAUGUUUUUUUGGAAAAGUGAAGGCAAGGUUGCUGCCUCGGGUGCUGUGGCAGAGCUGUGAAAGACAGAAAUCUCCCAGCACCACUCUCCCAUAUGCCAGGUUAGCUUAGUGUUGUAACCACACAUUCAGGUUAACACUUACUGUGGAGGAACCCAAGAGGUACAUCCUAAGGACUUGCCUUCAGAAAGUUGCAGAGUUAUCCAGCAAAGAGUUCACUCAAGUGAGAUCCUGUUACCCCAUGGCAGAGGCAUCCCUUCAGUUUUUACAAUGCUUUCCACAACCAAGCUCUGUACAGAUGAGACUGACUAUUGCUCCAGCCCAGGUUGGCAGAGUGCCCUGACCCAUUGCCAGUAAGGGAAUAAGGACAAGAGCAGGGCUGGCAGCAAGCUGAGAUCCAACCCAUUUGCCAGCACAAUACACACGAGUCACAUACGUGACAACUGGGCUGGCCCAGCCGGGGAUGCAGCUGCCAGUCCUGCAGAAUUUACUGAUGCUGCCCUUCUGCACAGGGAUGUGUUUCACCCACAGAGAUUUUAUGAUCUGGCAAGCAUAAUGUUUGCCAUAAAGUGGUCACUUUGCACUAAGCCAAAAUUGUCAUUUACUUUUUAUUGUCCAUUAUUUCAUUUCCCACUUGAGAAAAGCCUUCAAAAUAUAAAGCAUUUGCACCAGACUUGAACAGUCAAUUCUCUAUUAGCUGGCUUCUCCUGGCAGCACAGAAGACAUUUUAGUUAUUCUUCUCUUAAUCUUUUAAAAGAAAUGUAAAAUUUGUUUUAUAAUUUUUGCUUAUUCACAUCUGGAAACAAAUUCACUCUGCCACAAAUUAAAUAAUUUGUCCUGUCCUCCAGGUAUUAAGGAGGUACCAUUAAGGAGAGGUAGUCAGCACGUAGCAGGAGGCCCUCAACUCUCUCAAUUUACACCCAAAAUAUUUGUUUUUCCUCAGCAGAGAUACAACACUAGGAGACUAAGCCCUCUAUUUUCAGGACAAGUCAGGCAGAGUCAUCUUGUGGGGAGUUAAGUUUCAGGCUGCCACAUGCCUUAAUCUCUGCUGGUAAAACAUAAAUCAUCCAUCCAAGUCAAUUUACCAUUCUUCCCUGAAAUGCACUUAAAAAGCCUUGCAGAUUUGCACUAUAUGUACCCUUAAGGGUAAUGCCUCACUUAAACAAAUCACUGAGUUGUGUUUCAAGAGCUGACACAAUUAAUCCUCCAGGAAAGAAGCAAGCAAGGCCAGACGAAUUCCAGUGGUGAUGGUUAGAAGAGCAAUAGCAGGCUGGUGUGUCUUGCAGGCAACAGUUCAUAUCAAGCCACUCCAGAUCAUGCUGGCAGGAAAUUUAGCACUGAUAAUAAGCAAAGAAAUGUCAGAAAUGGGUAUUUCAGGAAAGGCAGGAGUUCCAGGAGGAGUAUGAAGAUCUACAUCAGCUGUGCCAGAUGAUGUGCAAAUGGCAAGGCUCAAACCCUGGCGACAUCCUUGCUCAUGGGAGAUGCUUAACAAAAAUAAAGUUUCAUUCCCAGUUUCGAGGAGUCCUUCCCAACCUCCUUUGCUUCAGGAGGAGAAGCCCCAUGACUCUGCUCUCCUUUAAGCACAUCUCCAACCUCAGCACAGAAGAGGCAGUGAAGAGAGCCCUCCUGGACUAUCAUUUCACUUGGAGUAGGAAAAGUGUUUUUGAUGCUUCUGCCUGCAGAUCUCUCAGCUUCCAUAGUUUUGCACAGCAGUGUUAAAGCUGGAAUUGUUUAAGUGUUUAAGAGGAGUCCCAUCUCCAAGCUGGACCUGGGGCACCUAAAAGGUGCCAGCUGAAGAAGCAGGUCUGAGGGGGACUCAGUGGUAAGUGACGGGAUAGAAGGUUGGGGCAAGCAGAGAAGCCAUGCAGGCUUCCAGUAGAAAUCACCAGUAAAUUCUUUCAAAUUUUUAAUGUCCUCCCUAACUAGGCUGUAAUAAAAAGCUCUCCCAGCACUUCACAUUGGAAGGACACCUCUUAGGUGGGCUAAGUAGUAUGGGAUUCACAAAAGGAUUGGUUUGGGGUGAUUAAGGUGGCCAAGCAUGGACCCAAAGAAACCUGCACACUGCUGUGGCAGUAUAGUCCCCUUCCCCACACUUAAACACGUGGCUGUCAUCUCCAGCAGCCCCAUUCACCUUCCCACAUUUCUGGCUGAGGGACAAAGCUCUAACUUUGGUCCCCAAACCCAGUGCUAGAUAAACUGCCCUCUGGGUGUGCCUCACUCUCCAUCUCCUAAAGCAGCACAGCUCUCGACUGAGGUGUCUGAAGCAAACUGGGACAAACCCAGGCCCCAGAGGGUAAAGAAAACAACACUUUCUCCAAAAUAUUCAUUAAUUAAAUGUGAUGCCCAUAUUUCUGGGGCAUCAGGUGCCAAAAGAGCUCAGAGAGACCAGGGGAAGGGCUGAGGGCUCCCUUUCCCCCACCCAGAUCAAAAAACAGCUGCUAAGAGUGAGCAUUAUCUCAUUUAAACUGUGAUGAAGAGCUCUCCCUUGCUGAUUCCUUUUUUCUCUUCCUUUCCUUUCCUUUCCUUUCCUUUCCUUUCCUUUC